UUAGUAAUUUUGGUUUAAUCCGGUUCAACAAGUAAACAUCACACUUGUAAACUAAACCGAUAAUGCCACGUCACUACUCCAAAUAUUCGCCAAAUCAUAACAGACAAAAUCCAACAACAACGACGACACUCUCCUCUCUCACUCUCUCUCUCAAUCUCAAUCUCAAUCUCACGUCAACGACCGUCGCCGUCACCGGAAGGAAACGAUUUCAUCAUCUUCUACAAUGAUCCCAUACGCAACAAUCGAAGAAGCGUCGAUCGCAUUAUCUCGAAACCUCACAUGGCUAGAGACUCUCUGGUUCGAUUACUCCGCCACCAAAUCCGAUUACUACCUCUACUGCCACAACAUUCUCUUCCUCUUCCUCAUCUUCUCUCUCGUUCCUCUCCCUCUCGUUUUCAUCGAAUCAUCUCAAUCCACCUCAGAUUUGUUCAAUCGCUACAAAAUCCAACCAAAAGUGAAAAACUCAUUCUCAUCGAUGUUCAAAUGUUACAAAGACGUCAUGAAGAUGUUCAUCCUCGUCGUUGGUCCAUUACAACUCGUUUCUUAUCCUUCGAUUCAGAUGAUUGAGAUACGAAGUGGAUUACCAUUACCAUCAUGUAUGGAGAUUGUAGCACAGUUAGUGGUUUACUUCUUGGUAGAGGAUUAUACUAAUUACUGGGUUCAUAGAUUCUUUCAUUGUAAAUGGGGUUAUGAGAAGUUUCAUCAUAUUCAUCAUGAGUAUACAGCUCCUAUUGGUUAUGCUGCUCCUUAUGCUCAUUGGGCUGAGGUUUUGCUUCUUGGCAUUCCCACGUUUCUUGGACCUGCUAUUGCUCCUGGUCAUAUGAUUACCUUUUGGUUGUGGAUUGCUUUACGACAGAUUGAGGCUAUCGAAACUCAUAGCGGAUAUGAUUUCCCAUGGUCUCUGACAAAGUACAUUCCAUUUUAUGGUGGAGCUGAGUAUCAUGAUUACCAUCACUACGUUGGAGGACAAAGCCAGAGUAACUUUGCUUCAGUUUUUACUUACUGCGAUUACAUCUAUGGAACUGAUAAAGGUUACCGAUUCCAGAAGAAGCUUCUUCAGCAGAUGAAGGAGAAGUCCAAGAAGAGCAACAAGCUGGUUAAUGGAGGAGAGAAAUUCGAUUAGUAAAUCUAAAACCCCUCGCGAGGUUGACUUACCGUAAGUUUCAAGCAUUCUACAAAUGUAGUCAAUACUUAAAAAUGAAAGGGUAGUUAGUUUUCUCUGUUCUGGUCUUCCCUGUGUCACAUGAAAAUGCUCGUGACGAGUUCCUAUCUGAAGUUUUUUUUAAAACUCUUUUGGAAUUGGUGUGUGUCAAUAAAUCCUUUUUGUAUAUUUUAAAUGUUACAUAGUGCAUUCAUUGGCUUGUAACAAGUUCCUACUCUGAUAGUAUUAAGUUAAGUUAAGUAUAA